AUGUCUGACGAAAUGGACGAUGACAUGUCGGAUGACUCCCAUUCGACUUACUCUUCUUGGUACUCUCGAAGGUCUCCAGCGUACUCUCCACCGAAACCCGAUCCUAUCACACAUUAUGACAUCCGUUACCUACCUUCGGACGGUAUGCGGACUGGUAAAUGCAUAGACUUGGCCUUCAUUCUGGAUUGCACAGGGUCGAUGCAGAGGUAUAUUGAUAGCGUCAGGGAUCAUAUCAUAGGGAUAUGCGAUAUGAUCAGAGGGGAGGAAGGUCUCAAUGGACCGGAUGAUUUACGAGUCGCGGUGGUCAAUUAUCGCGAUCAUCCACCUCAAGAUUCUUCUUACGUGUAUCAAUUCCAUCCCUUCACUUCGGAUAUUCCUUCCGUCCAACGGUACAUCCGUGGGCUUACAGCGUCCGGAGGAGGAGAUGGUCCAGAGGCCGUAACAGCAGGAAUGGCAGCUGUACUCACCGAGCUGGAGUGGAGAAGAGAAGCAUCUAAAAUGGUCGUGUUGAUUGCCGACGCUCCACCGCACGGUAUAGGAGAAAGCGGAGAUCAAAUCAAAGUUGGUGAUCCAGAUGGACAUGAUCCGUUGGUAAUUGCGAGAUACAUGGCGCAACACGGCAUCACUCUGUUCAUGGUAGCCUGCGAAGAUACUUUAUCAAAUUAUCAUCACGCAGUCGACUUUUUCACAGCUAUAUGUAACAUGACCUCAGGGCUCAUGUUGCCUCUGACGACAGCGGAUCUUUUAGCCAUGACCAUUGUCGGUAGUGUGUUGGAGAAUAUGGACAUGGAGAGGUUGAUAGAGGAGGUUGGAGCAGAGGUCGCUCAGCGUGUGAGAAUGAGAGGCGAGACUAUGGAAAGUGUGGAACAAGUUGCACAGGAACUUCACGAACGUCUAUUGCUACGUAACGAACAAACCAAACAAGUUUCUCUACCCGAAGUUUACGUCCCACACGAAAACGCCAAGAAAAACGUAUCAACAUGGAUGUCAGCACAAUACGUUUCCGACGCAGUACCCAAUAUCCUCGAUGUGCCAGGUAAAAGAUUAACUGAUAAAUUCCGUUCAAACGCAUUUCAUCAUUUUUCUUAUACUCCAGGUGGACGAUUACCACCAAGACGUGUUUCAGCAUCUCAUGCUCCUCCCACUCCCUCUUCACCUACUCAUCCAUUAAAACCGAUGUCCCCACCGAUGAGUCCACCCACCGCCAGUCCCAGUCGGAGGGUGGUGAGUGAUUUCAAACCUUUCGGUGCUGCUUCUUCUGGAAGUACCCCGCUGUCAGUAUUUGGAGCACCUGUUUUGGCUACUGGACCAGGAGGGGGAAUGUUUGGUUCGGCUGGAACUUCAUCUUUUGGUGGGAUGAGAAAUAGAGAAGAAGAAGAGGAAGAUGAAGAUGAUGGGAAAGAGGCGAGGUUGAAAAUGGAAUCUAUUUCUUUGGAUCAAGCAAGAAGGAUCGCCACUCAAUCAGUUUUCCGAGCCAGUAGAUUAGGUUAA